CCCGACAACAACGACCUCUAUUUCCUCCCUCUCUGCCAUCUCCAACACUACUACCAUGAUCCGAGGAUUCAGAGCCGCCCGUGCUAGCGUCAAGGUAUGUCUCCGUCUUUGAAUCACGAAGAAGGGGUCGGUAGGACGCCCCACCGGACGUGGGGAAGCGCGCAAGACGUCCCAAUAAUCGUACUCACGCCAGAUCUAGCCCCUCAAGACCGUUGCUCAACAAAAGAGGAACCUCUCUAUCCACGAGUACCAGUCUGUUCAGCUUUUGAACUCUUAUGGUGUCCCUACGCCCAAGGCUCUUCCUGCAUUCUCUGCCGCUGAGGCCGAGAGCGUCGCCAAGUCCUUUGGUGAGUCUUGUUGUGCAUGAGGGGAUGGGCGCAGAGGUGCAUAGAGGAGGGCUGGGGGCGGCAUUGCCGUUCGGCCGAUCUGUGUUCGGUACGAUGGUGGUCGUUGACGAGGGAGAUGGAAGAGGGGGCAGUGCAGCAGAAUUGAGGGCUAAGCAAUGUGUUAUAGGCAAGGACGAGCUUGUGAUCAAGGCGCAGGUUUUGGCUGGUGGUCGAGGAAAGGGUCACUUUGACUCUGGAUUCCAGGGUGGUGUCCAGAUGGUCGACUCCCCCGCUCAGGCCAAGGAGUACGCCGAGAAGAUGCUCGGUUACAAGCUCAUCACCAAGCAGACCGGUGCCGGUGGUCGAGUCUGUAACGCCGUCAUGCUUGCCGAGCGAUUGCCUCCCCAGAAGGAGUACUACGCCGCCAUCCUCAACGACCGAACCACUGGUGGCCCCGUCCUUGUCAGCUCUUCCCAGGGUGGUAUGAACAUUGAGGAUGUCGCUAGGGACACUCCCGAUGCCAUCCUCACCACCCCCUUGGACUUUGAGAACGGUAUCAGCAAGGAGACCGCUUUGGAGCUUGCUGGCAAGCUCGGUUUCAAGGAGGGCGCUAGGAAGAACGCUGCGGAUGUGUUCGAGAAGUUGUACACCAUCUACAAGGAGAAGGACGCUACUCAGAUCGAGAUCAACCCCUUGGCUGAAUUGAGCACCGGCGAGGUGCUCUGUAUGGACGCCAAGUUUGGUUUCGACGACAACGCCGACUUCCGACAGAAGGACAUCUUCAAGCUCCGAGACAUUACCCAGGAGGACGCCCAGGAAGUCGAGGCCGCCGAGUACGGCCUCAACUUCAUCAAGCUCGACGGUGACAUUGGCUGUCUCGUCAACGGUGCUGGUCUUGCCAUGGCUACCAUGGACGUCCUCAACCUCCACGGUGGUUCCCCCGCCAACUUUUUGGAUGUCGGUGGUGGUGCUACUGCCGACGCUGUCAAGAAGGCUUUCGAGCUCCUCUUGACCAACAAGGAUGUCAAGUCCAUCUUUGUCAACAUCUUCGGUGGUAUCAUGCGAUGCGACGUCAUUGCUGAAGGUAUCAUCAAGGCCACCAAGGAGCUGGAGCUCCAGAUCCCUCUCAUUGUCAGGUUGCAGGGUACCAAGGAGGCCGAGGCGAAGAAGAUGAUCAAGGAGUCUGGUUUGAAGAUCUUCCCCUUCGAUGGUUUGGACGAGGCUGCUUCCAAGGCCGUCGAGGCCGCCAAGACCGGUUCUGCUUAAGCCUUGAUCAAGUGCAUGGCAAGAACCAGGGACGAGGGAGAAGGAGUAUAGGCAGAGGCGAGGGAAGUGUUGCAUGAGAGAAGUGCAAAAUCAAAAACCCCUUCAGUAAUGAUGACCCCCCGUCUGCCAUAGAUUUGGACAUGAGAUGGAUUCUUUUCCGCGGAACUUCUGCAUUUGCAUCCGGAGUGUGGGAUUCAACCUUGGAGGGCUUGCCUGAUCAACCUAGAGAAGAGCCCAA